GCGGCAUUUUGUCAGCUGGGUGUGGUAUGAAUGGGAGGUGACCCUGCUGGUGCGAUGGAUCCAGGACCUGCGCACAAGAGUGGUGCUGAGGAUUGGCAGUGCACACUUCUAUGCCAUUGUGGUAUCCCAAGGGUUACUUUGUCCAGAACACAGACUUUGACUUCUUCAACUACGCGGGACUGCAGUGGUCUAUGUUUCUGUACACGACACCAACUACCUGCAUCAAUCACAUCAACAUCACCACCGGUGUGGAGCAACACAGUGGAAUUUUGCUGCCUUGAUUUGGGACAGAUGAUCAGAGGUGGGCACUAUUAUCCUCUCUUUCAUGCAGGAUUUAUCACAUGUCAGCCCAAGGCCACCCCCUCGGUCUCUCUGUUCCCGCCAUCCUCUGAGGAGCUCCAAGGCAACAAGGCCACACUGGUGUGUCUCAUGAGUGACUUCUAUCCACGAAUCUUGAUGGUGACCUGGAAGUCAGAUGGUACCCCCAUCACCCAGGGCAUGGAGAUGGCCACGCCCUCGAAACAGAGCAACAAGUACGUGGCCAGCAGCUAUCUGAGCCUGACGCACGAGCAGUGGAGGUCCCGCAACAUUUUCAGCUGCCAGGUCGUACAUGAAGGGAGCACCGUGGAGAAGACAGUGGUCCCUGGAGGGUGUUCAUAGGUUCCCAACCCUCACCCCACCCACAGGGGCCGGGAGCUGCAGGAUACCAGGGGAGGGGUCUCUGCAUCCCAAGCCAUCCUGCCCUUCUCUCUUUACCCAGAAGACCCUCAACAAACAUCCUUUGUCAACCAGAAAUCCUGCUCCCUCUCUUCAUUUCCUAUCUCUCAUAUAAUUUGAUGCUUCUCCUGGGUUCUCAGUGUGGCAUUGGGGGAAUCCUGGCACCAGUGGGAAAGUAGCCUGGAUGAGAGGAUCACAGUCUCCCAGGCAUGUUCCCUGGGGAAAUAGGCCAGGAUAGGAAGAGUCGGCUCACUGAACACCAGUCCAUCCAUUCUCUCCCACCUCUCCUUCCUCCUUGGAGCUCAUCCCUCCAACUCGCUGCCUACAUUUUGGAGGGAGCUAUUUCUGGCUGAGCCUCCAGAUACACCCUCUGUCCCUGUCCUGAUCUGGACCUUCUCCCCACCCACGGCCUCUCUUUCCUCAGCCGGGAAAUCCUACUCUGGGCCUGGAGUCCCUCUGCUUCUGGCUCUGGCCCCUGGAAUGCCCUUCUUCCUCUCUGCCCAACUCCCCACUCCCAAGGACUGAACUGUCUAGGACACUCCCACACCAUCAAAUUCAUCAGCUCUUAAAUUUUGGGACCACCUUGACUUUACACCUGACAGCAGGUUCAGAAGUGUGAGGAAAAAAGGAGGAAGCCAGGAAGGAAACACACAUGAAAGGCCUGAAGAGGAUCAGGACACUUGCAAAAGAUAGGCUCUGAGCUUCCCAGGAACCAGUGCAAUGUUAGUAGGUGCUCCAUCAUUUCUUU